AUGAGUGCCUCCAUCUCCAGACUUGUUCUUACAUCCCGCGCUGUUUCUCGCACCUCUACCACCUUGCGAGCGUCUUCAUUUGCCCGUCCCACCUUUGGAGCUUUACAGACAUAUUCCCCCGCCGCUGUCCGCACCAUGGCUACCUCGCACAAGAUCAAGGUCAAGAACCCCGUCGUCGAGCUCGAUGGUGAUGAGAUGACCCGCAUCAUCUGGCAGAGCAUCAAGGACAAGUUCAUCCAUCCUUACCUCGACAUUGACCUCAAGUACUACGAUCUUGGCCUCGAGUACCGUGACCAGACCAACGACCAGGUUACCAUUGACGCCGCCGAGGCUAUAAAGAAGUACUCUGUUGGUGUCAAGUGCGCAACCAUCACCCCUGAUGAGGCCCGCGUUGAGGAAUUCAAGCUCAAGAAGAUGUGGCUCUCGCCCAAUGGCACUAUCCGCAACGCCCUCGGCGGCACAGUCUUCCGUGAGCCCAUAGUCAUCCCCCGAAUUCCUCGCCUCGUUCCCGGCUGGAAGCAGCCCAUCAUCAUCGGCCGCCAUGCCUUUGGCGACCAGUACCGCGCAAAGGACCGCGUUGUCCCCGGCCCUGGCAAGCUCACCAUGGUCUACACCCCCAAGGGCGGCAAGCCCGAGGAGAUUGACGUCUUUGAAUUCGAGUCGGGCGGCGGCGUCGCCCAGACCCAGUACAACACGGACGAGUCCAUCACCGGCUUCGCCCACGCCUCGUUCAAGCUCGCCCUCGACAAGGCCUACCCCCUCUACAUGAGCACCAAGAACACCAUUCUCAAAAAGUACGACGGCCGCUUCAAGGACAUUUUCCAGGAGAUUUAUGAAACCACCUACAAGAAGGACUUUGAGGCCAAGAAGAUUUGGUACGAGCACCGCCUAAUUGACGACAUGGUCGCCCAGAUGAUGAAGAGCUCUGGCGGCUACAUUAUGGCUCUUAAGAACUACGAUGGCGAUGUCCAGUCCGACGUCGUCGCCCAGGGCUUCGGCUCCCUCGGCCUCAUGACUUCUGUCCUCAUCACGCCCGACGGCAAGACAUUCGAGUCCGAGGCCGCCCAUGGUACAGUCACGCGCCACUACCGCGAGCACCAAAAGGGCAACGAGACGUCGACCAACCCCAUUGCCUCCAUCUUUGCCUGGACCCGCGGCCUCGUACAGCGCGGCAAGCUCGACGACACCCCCGACGUCGUCGCAUUCGCCGAGGCCCUCGAGCGCGCCUGCGUCGACACCGUCGACGUUGACGGCGUCAUGACAAAGGAUCUCGCCCUCGCCUGCGGCAAGACGGGCCGCGAGGACUACGUCACCACCGGCGAGUACCUCAACGCCGUCGAGCGUCGUCUCAAGCAAAGCUUCAGCCAGGGCAAGCUGUGA